AUGUUUCAGGACUCCAUGGGACCCAGAGAGCAGGACGGCUGUGCUAUGUGCAGGAGGCCCUCGGGCAGAGAGGCGCAGCUCACGGUGCCGGCUGAACAGCUCCUGCCAGAGCGAGAGCCCUCGGAGCUGGCAGCGAAGGCGUGGAGUGCAGCUGUGUCCCGCGCUCCGCAGCAGAGGUUCUACCUCAUCCUGUUGAGUUCACUUGGAACGCUAACUGCAUCGGGAAGUUCAGAACUGAGCAUCUGCCUCUUGAGAAGAUGUCUUCCAUUUUGCUUUGAAGUUUGGCAUCCUUUGUGUUACCCAAAGCUAGGCCAUUGUGUCAAGAUUCAAUGA